AUGCUAGGGAAUAAAAACAUAACCAAGCCUUUGCGAUCGCUGGGCAAGUCUGAUAGAAUCGAGCGAAGCGUAGUCUCACCUCCAUCAUCCGUUAGCAGCCUCGAAUCUAAUACGUCACUUGGAAGCGUUCUACCAAUCAUUUUAUUGCCGCUCUCUGGUCGCUGUGGAGUGAGGUGA